AUGUGGCAAGAAGACGUCACCAGUGUGGCCUCGUGGUCUAGUGGUAUGAUUCUCGCUUUGGGUGCGAGAGGUCCCGGGUUCGAUUCCCGGUGUGGCCCUUCUUUUGUCUAUCUUCCGCCAGCUGGAUGUUGCAUUGUCGAUGAAGCUUUCUUGCGUCAUACUGACGGAUACAUGAUCACGACUGAUCCUCGUGUAAACGUUGUCUGCUCCCAAGUCGCAUCGAGACUGCAGCGAACGUCAGUUUGGGAGAGCUGA